ACCCACUCUACUGCUCUCUCUGGUCAACCGGGGACCUCUGCUACUUUGUUUACCAAUCAUAUGCUACAUAGCGUCGAGAGGAAAUUGCGUCAUCGCUGACAGUCAAUUUAAAAAUGUAUCCUGCAAUCAAGAUUAUGUCCACACAAAAGUACUGCAGUCUAAUAGACACCACCAACACACUCUUGGCUCAACGGGGCAGUAUUUUGAGGCUGUUUUGUGCAUGCUGCAUGUUCCAGUCACACUGUUGGUUCUUCGGUGCUGAAUACAACAAUUUCCUCGGUUAAUUCACCCCUCCUCCGUGUGAUCUCCAAGGUUGUUAAAUGAGAAAACGUACACUGCCCUAGCCGAAGAGCCGUGCACCUCCAGUUCCAGGGGUACGGACAUGCUAUAAGAUCACCGCUGCAAGAGUCGAGCCUUUGCAGAGUAACGCGACGGAGCAGUGCAGCAAAAGAUUGAAACUUUUUAUUUUAUUUGCGUGGAUUUGGUGAUUUCGCCGCCGUGGAGUUGUCAUCGCUGCUAGUGCGCCGUCUUUCAAUCUACUCAUACGUGGUUAAGCGGAAAGGCACCUCCCCGCCGCACAGACUCUGAAGUAAAGUCCCCCUCCACAUAUACAAUAUGCAUUACAGGUCUAACGCCGUCCUGUAGCUGAAGAGGGUCCCUCGCCUUGUCCAACGGGCCCCCUUGGUUUUCAGCUCACUCACUGGACGCCGGAUUGUGCCCGAUCAUGCCCAGACAUUUGGCGAGAAACUUGCUGGACCUGGUGGCUGCUUCUUAAGUGGAUGUAUUUUGGGGAGUAUGAUGGCCCUAUUCCUAAAUGCGUCGUAAAGAAGUAAAAGAAGAGUAACUGAGUGGCAUUACACCAACAAGGGGAACGAAAUACACAGCUAAUUGCACAUUUAAAAACAAUUUAACGAAAAUUCAAUGUUCGAUCAGGCCACGAGCAUGGGCGAUGGGGUCGCCGAGGAGAGAAACCACCACUGUGGCACAAACUUGCUGUGCCGUGACCGGGCAAGAGACUCCAAAAACCGGACUGAUUUGGGGAGUCGAUCUCCGGUGCAAAGCACUACCGAUACCCCGGGGACAUCCGCGUCUACACCGACCUCCUCAAGCGAAGACGGGCAGGACAAACUUUUAGGAGUGGACCCGGACUACUGCAGGCGAAUUUUAGUAAGAGAUGCCAAAGGCACCAUCCGGGAGAUCGUGCUGCCAAAAGGCCUCGACCUCGACAGGCCCAAACGCACGCGCACCUCCUUCACCGCGGAGCAGCUGUAUCGACUCGAGCUGGAGUUCCAGCGCUGUCAGUACGUGGUGGGCCGCGAGCGCACCGAACUGGCGCGCCAGUUAAACCUCUCCGAAACUCAGGUGAAGGUGUGGUUCCAAAACCGGCGCACGAAGCAGAAGAAGGACCAAACCAAGGACACGGACAAGCGCUCGGGCUCGUCCUCCGAGUCUCUGGCCACCUGCAACAUCCUGCGCCUGCUGGAGCAGGGCCGCCUUCUCUCCGUGCCGGCGCCGCCUCCGCCCAACGCGCUGCUAAGCGCCGCUCACCAUCACCACGGCAACGGCUCCCUGCUGGGCAGCCCCGUCUCCUCCUCGUCCUCGCCGCCUGGCAUCAACACGUCCACGCCCCCGUCCGCCUCCUUCGGCCUGUCACUGUCCUCGCUGGGCGGCGCCCCGCCCUCGCCCCGGCUGGGCAUGCCGCCACCGCCGUCACUGUGCUUCGCCAUGCCGCUGCUGGCCGGAGGCCACCACGAGCUGCCCAUCGGCUACGGCUGCGGCUCCUCGGCCUUCGAGCCCUACACGCGCCUGGAACGCAAGGAGCCUGACAUGGGGGGCAAGAAGAGCGUCUCCUAAGACUGCUUUGCAACGCCGCUCCACACACACACACACACACACACACACACACACACACACACACACACACGCACACACACACCCCCCAACACACACACACACACACUCUCUCCUGUCCUGUUUCAUCACUCGCUCCACUCUUUCAGCUGAGUGAGGGACUGAAGGAGAACAUGGGGGAGGAGGAGAGGAGGAGAGAGUAGGAGAGAGGAGGAGAGAGAGUGGGAACGAGUUUGCAGGAGGGAGGGAGAAAAGAUGAGAGAAAGGAUGAGAGUUUCUGCCGGCAAAUUCUGCUCCCCUCUGCUCCCCACAUCUCAUCCUUUUUCUACUGCUGCUGUACCUCGCCAGCUACGGGGACUAAUCCUGGACUAAAUGGAUCUAUGAUAAAAGAUAAUGUAUGUGAAUGUGUGUUUUCACGUGUGUGUGUGUGUGUGUGUGUGUGUGUGUGUGUGUGUGUGUGUGUGUGGAGAGGAGAGUGCUUCCUCUUAAGUUAACUUAGCUAACCCUUUUACCAGUGUGUGUUGCUGUGUGUAGCCUUUGUGUUGAUUAUGGGUGAUUGAAAGGAGACUGUGAUUGAGAGUGAGACUGUGAUUAUGGCUGACUGAGAGUGAGACUGUGAUUGAGAGUGAGACUGUGAUUAUGGCUGAUCGAGAGUGAGACUAUGCUUAUGGGUGAUUGAAAGUGAGACUGUGACUAUGGCUGAUUGAGAGUGAGACUAUGCUUAUAGGUGAUCGAGAGUGAGACUGGUAACUGCUUGUGUGUAAAAAUGUGUAAAUGAUCAAAAUUCUCUACCCCAGGAAUGCAGACAAGGAAGAGAAAAAAGAAAACAAACAAAGAGAAUAAAUAGGAAAAGGAAAAUCAGAACCAUGCGACUAAAUGGUUCUGAGUUGUGAUUUUUAUUUUCUCUGCUGCUCUAAAGGAGAUGAUUUAUCGGGUCUCUGUGACGAGCAUUUAACCAUUAUGUGUGUGUGUGUGUGUCUGUGUGUUUUAGAGACAGAGAGAUGUGUUUAGUCAAUAAGAGUUACACUUGAAAAGGCGAGAAACUUCACUGAGAAGAAAGAGGACAUUGCUUACAGUCCAGGUCGCUCACUGUAAAAUGGCUCAUCACAACAUAAAUAUGUGUGUUUGUGUGUAUAUGUGUGUGUGUGUGUGUGUGUCUGUGUGGAAGUGUGUGUGAAUGUGUACACGCCGGGUUAUGAGAUGCUAUGAGAAAACUACCCUGAAGCUGAACCUGGCUUUUCACAGGCACCUGCAUCAAUGGCUUGUAUACAGUGCGGAAUGAUCCGGAAAAGGUCAGGGACCAUUUAGUCUCAACACUGUUGUGCACACGCUCUCCCCUCAGCGCAUAUCUCUCCUUUUUGUCUUGGCCUGUCUGUCCUCAUCUGCUACUUGUAAGUUUAAUUCACCGAUGAUGGCUUCGCUGCACCCGAGGGUCCAUAUCAUUGGCCCAGCCACACAGCGCUGUUGCCCUGGUGGACAUGAUAGCUGACUAAUGAGCUGUUUGCCGAUGUAAUUGACACAAAGGGCACGGAGUGGGAGAGAGGGCUAGGCUGGGCCUGGCCAUUCCUCAUAAUCUCUCCUCGCCGGAGAAAGGCUGCGUGGCACAUUAUAGAAAGACGUGUGCUUAGAUCCAAUCACGGAGGCCAUCUCCUUUUAUAAUCUCCCCAGUAUGAGGGACUCUGUACCAAUGUGGCACUCUUUUGGAGGAUUGCGCGGAGUCUUUUGAAAGACAGACACGCAGACAGACAGACAGACAGACAGACAGACAGACAGACACAG